AUGGCUUCAUUCGACCCCGCUGAAAAGAUAGGCUUUGGAUGGAAAAGGUACAAUGACGGGUCUGUCAGGAAGCUUGUCGUCCAUGAAGGGCGAUACUGCCUUGAAGACGAAGAGACGAGGAAGCUAAAGCCCAUCCCUAACGCUGUCCCUCCCCGCCGUGAUGAGUACGGUGUUGACACCUCGAAUUCUUUCGUGGUACCCUGGCUUAUGAUAGUCUCAGAACCGUCCCGAGAUCUGAAGAAAGGGAAGCAAAUCAGCGUCCAGGGCAUCUCCUGA